UCUCGCCAUUUCUCUGGGACAGUCCAGCCUGAAAGCAAGUUAAUCAUUUCUAUUCUUAAAUACUGCAUAUUAAAGAUGCGCUCAACGUUUAUCCUUUUGCUAACUAUUUCAGUUUUGGUUUCCAUCAUAAUUUUGGUCCUCCCGUUUCUGUGUUUACAUAAUAAUUACAACUAUACGACAGACUUUAAAUGUGAUGUGAAUAAACUGAAUGCAGAAAUUAUUAAUCAGUCCAACGAUACGGUUGGAGCUAAUUUUAGCAUCAAGGAUCUUGAUGUAGUGGCUAAAAAUCUGAAUAAAGUUGAUUUCAAUCGUCUCAUUCUCUACCUGUCGAAUAAAGUUGGAAACGACGUUGCAAUUUCUGCUGCAUAUGAGAGUCUCGAUAAUGAAGUGGAUAAGAGAAUAUUUGCGUCCGGGAUGAGAUCAAGAUAUCCAAAAUUUGAACAAAUAUUGAACAAUUUAACGGACAAGGAGGAUAAUAUUAUUGCCCACCGACGCAUGAUCGAUUAUCAGUUGACCCUUGUAAACAACAUCUUCAAUUUUGCCAUAGCUGCCAUUGUGACGUUAGCGUUCGCCAUAAUUUUGCCCCAGAAAGGUUUUCACGGUAGUAUUCAAUUCUGUUACGUCGCACUUUGCCUUUUACUUCGUGCUGCCAAGAUUGUUCAGAAUUGGGGAUUAAUCUCGAGCAGAGAAUUGCUCGAGUUUCAGUAUAACACCAUCUACUUGAAGCUUUGCCCAUUUCUCGGCACCCUUGAAGAUUUAUUAAUCUUUGCUCGCCUUAUUUGUUUGACACUGCUUGUCUACAAUUUAUGGAAAAGACAACAACACAUCCUUCCACCGGGAAAAGUCGAGGAUGAAACCAUAACUGGUUAUGUUGUGACAACAAUAAUUUCAUCAGCUAUCCUAACUGCGGGAGGCGUCAUGCUUAGGAUUAUGCUAACGGGUCGUCCAUGUGCAGCACAUCAAGGUGACCUUUACUGGGCAACGGAACUCUACGGCGUCAUCACGAGUGGCAUCUUAUUCACCAUCAAUGCCACACUAGUUCUUAUCUGCUACAUCGAUUUGAAGAAACACAAAGCCGACCUUAAAUACAUCGUGAGGGAAUCUGCCAUGAGGGAAUCUGAGACAAAAAUUCCUGAUGGGCCGCAAAGGUUACGAGUGUACAUUAAAGUUCUUCUCCUUCUCUUCGUCAGCAACUAUAUCAUGUUUGCGGUCAACUAUGCAAUGAGUUGGGCAGAGGUCACGACCUACACGGACCCGACGUACAUCUUGAUAAUUUUGGGGAGUCUCGUCUGUACCAACAGUUCCCUUCUUUUACUAGUACUUCUCUCACAAGAAGGUGUUCAGAGGGGACUCAAAAACAUUGUUAAGUAUUGGGAGACACGAAUUGAAAAUCUUAAAGAUCCAAUUUUUUAUGAAAAUGAGGGCGCAUUUAAGACCGUGAAAUCUUGCGUUUAUUGGAUACAAUGGAAAUUGGUUGUGAUUUUGUUGAAGUUGUCGACAUGGUGCGAUUCUGUUCUGGCUUUUGAAUGUUGCAAUAAAAGGGGGAAAUAAACAACGGUGUUUUUCUGCUCUUUCUUUGUUUGAACAUGCAAUUAUAUAUUUCCUACGUAAUACAUACAUUAUUCAAUAUACUUGCCAUACAGAUUCGUUUAAAUAAAUACCAAUGAGUUCAAAAUAUUUAAA